AUGGGUUUUGUUUACGGGGAGAUUAAAGUUGCAAAAGAAGAAAUUAUCAAAUCUUUAGGUGGUAACGAGAAACACUACAACACUAUUAUAGAUAUCAUAAACACAAAGAUUAAAGGUCGACUAGAUUCAACUUUACAUUUAACAUAUUAUCUUUUGAAUCCGUAUUACCAUUAUAAUGAUGCACAACUCCAAUUUGAUCCAGAUGUAAUGGAUGCGGUUUUUGAUUUUUUUGAUCCUUUAUUUCUUGGAGAUUUAGAGAUGCAAAGGCAAGUCGUAACUAUUAACUUGCCAAUGUACAAGAAAAAAGUUGAUAGAUUUGGUUCCGAUCUUGCAAUUAAACAUUGUAAGGUGAAUGAUGCCGACUUUGAUCCAGCUAGUUGGUGGGGACUAUUUGGUGGCACAUCUCCUCAUUUGACAAAGAUUGCAAUGAGAAUUCUUUCUUUAACUAGUAGCUCAUCGGGUUGUGAAAGGAAUUGGAGCACGUUUGAAGGGGUACAUACAAAGAAACGAAAUAGAUUGGAGACAAGCAAAUUGAACAAUCUUGUUUAUGUUCAAUUCAAUGCUAAUUUAAUGGAGAAAAACAAAAGGAGAAAAGAUAGAAACAUGGAAUUGCUAUUAUCAAAUCAUUCUCUCUCCGCUCAAGAAUGGAUUGUUGAUUGCGAUGAUUGUUAUAUAGAUGAAGUAGACCCCAAAACGGUUGAUGAAGCUCUUGCAACCGAUGUUAGUCAAGCACCCCGAGAAAGUCCAAAAACGAGGGACCUUUUUGAUGAAGAUUUCGAGUCCAAGAGUGAGGAGCAAGUGUUAGAAGAAGACGAAUAUGAGUCGGAUGGGGUUCAAAUAAUGGAAGUAUGUGGAGAAGAUUAG